AUGGAUUGUGAAUUAUGCCUUGAAGAAUUUAAUCAAUAGGAGCACCUUCCUAAAGUACUAGCUCAAUGCGGUCAUACUUUUUGCGAAAAAUGCAUUCUUUAGCUCUGGGAAAGUUCUAUCAUUAAUUGCCCAUUGUGCAGGUAAAAGGCUAAAGUCAAUAAUGCAAAAGAUUUACCUUAGACUAACUUUGCCCUGCUCAGAGUACAUACGCUGAUGAAAGAAGAACGAAAAGCUAAGGGACUAAUAGAAAAAUAUAGAGUAAUAAAUCCAAAAGGCUAUCUUGAGAUCGAGGAAACUAUCAAUAGAGUAAGUGGUAAUCCGAAUCAGCUUUAACUUUACGGUAUAUAUGACGACGGUGAAUUAAUUUACAAAGAGGCCAUUCCUGAGAGAAGCGAAAUGCGAAGAAUUUUUGGACAGAGAAAAUACUGCUUCAAUAAAUACUCUUUUUUGCAAAAUUACUUCUUUAUGACUGAAUAAACGCGCUUUCUGAUAUUCUUCAGGAAGUUCACCUUUUGCAGGCACAAAUUCUCUUGCUUUGAAAACAUUAUGCGCACUUUUUACAAAACAGUGGGUUUUUAUUUGAUGUUCAGGAUUGGGGCUAAGGCUGCUGCUGGUGAUAAAAUAUUCUCUGUUUUCUCUGAAUUUGUUAAAAACUGGUUUAUGGAAGCUGCAUCUGACAAGCAAAUUCAAGACAUGGGAAUACUAGUUGAAGCAAAUGCAAUUCUAGGGUUGAACCUUUACUUGCUUAGGAAAUGUUUUUAUAGUUUUCCUGAAAAAUACCUUUUGCCAAAUGCAAGUUAGUAACCUGCAGUGUUUUCAAGGCAUUCAUAAUAUACCUAGGCGUCUUUCGUGAGACCUGAUAAUGAUCCUACUAGAGGAGCAGCAGGUGAUCCAUAUAAACCACCUGUGAAGUACGGAGAAAUAAUGAAAUAGAAAUAGAUCGAAUAGCCUCCACCCAGAUUUGUCAGAGAUGCGAUGUUGAUCGAUGAUAUUCAGGGUACUCGAGCUAAAUCGAUAUAUAGAGGAGUAGCAAAAGAUAUCAUUAGUGCGAAGGAUAUUGAGGGCACCUCACCAAAGCUUGAUAAGAGAUUGAAACCAAAGAAUUAUGAUCUUAUGGACGUUUCAGAUUUGAAUCAAAAGAAGAGGCUGUACCAGUCAAUGAGAGAUCCCUUGAAUCAAGUUUAAUUCUAUCAAAAACCUGUAGCUACUGCUUAACAAAUAAGAAAUGUUGAAGAAGCUAGGCCAAAGGUAACAGCUCAAGAUGUUCAAGAAAUGCUUAAUAAUCGUAUAGAGCCCACUUGGCUAACUAAUUAAAAGUAUGCACUAUUAAGACCAGAACCUCAAAAGACUCUUGAUGUUUCAAUGAGCACUUUAUCCCCAGAUACAAUGAGUGCUAAAUCCUUGUAUAAAUCUAAAAUCGAAGUAUUCCCUGAGAAGUAUGAUUACUAUGGUCAGCCAUUGCAAGGAAAAGAUCUUAUGAAGACGAGCGAUAUUCAAGGAACUCAUGCUGGCAGCUUUCUAAAAACAACAAAGAAAGACAAUUAAAGAAAUGUUAAUCCUCUUGAGCCAUAAUACAACUACCCAGGAGGAAGAGAACUGUAGCAAUAGCUAGAGGUAUUCAACAAAAUGAAGAGCUAGUUUAACAACAGAAAAGACCCUAAUAAUUAAAUGUUCUCUUCACCAUAACAUGGGGUGAAUGAUAGUAAUGUAUUUCAAAGAAGUUCGAUGAAGAGCAUUCACGGGGACUAAUAUAAUGAAAUUGCCAGAAAUCAAUCUUUUGAUAGAGAUACAUAGGGUAUGGUUUAAAAUCGUCAUGUCAACUUUAAUACUGCUGAUUACAGCACUGUUCAACCAAACAACACUAGAAUGGUAAACUAUGACGACCAUCCAGGCAAAAAUCAAAUAUUCUCCAGAUAGAUGAUGUUAUGA